GUUCCCCCAUCUUCUUGUCUAUAUAGUACUUCCAGCAUGUCCUCGACCGUCCGCACUCUCGACAAGAACGGGAAAGAUAUCAAUAUUGUCGGAUUUCAGCGGUUCGGCUUCGACUGCGAGGUGUCGCUCGACGUUCUCCGUUUACUCUACUUGAGGAAACACUAUGUCAAGACUGUCACGUCCUCCAGCGAGUCUGUGAAAGAUGACGAACAGGAUGAAAGCAGCGCAACUGCUUACUUCUCCAAGUCCAUCUACCACGCCGACACUCAGUCGAUCUCUUAUACCACACUCUCUCGUUUUCCUCCAGUAAAGCUCCUUCCUCCUUCCAAGCGCAAGCGCAUCCUCGUUACUGGCGGUGCUGGCUUCGUUGGAUCUCAUCUUGUUGACCGUCUCAUGGUCCUCGGCCAUGAGGUCACUGUCCUCGAUAAUUUCUUUACUGGCUCUAAGACAACGGUCAGUCACUGGGUCGGCCACCCGAACUUCGAGAUGGUCCGUCAUGAUGUCGUAGAGCCCUUCAUGAUUGAGUGCGACCAGAUUUAUCAUCUUGCGUGUCCGGCGUCGCCACCACACUACCAGUACAAUGCUGUUAAAACCAUCAAGACAUCUUUCAUGGGCACAUUGAACAUGCUUGGUCUCGCAAAGCGCACUAAAGCUCGCUUCCUUAUUUCCAGUACAUCUGAGGUCUAUGGCGACCCUGAGGUCCACCCUCAGCCAGAAGACUACUGGGGCCAUGUCAACCCCAUUGGCCCUCGUGCUUGCUACGAUGAAGGCAAGCGAGUCGCCGAGACGUUGACUUACGGUUUCCAUCGUCAGGAUGGUGUCGACGUGCGCGUCGCUCGUAUCUUCAAUACAUAUGGUCCUCGCAUGAACCCAUUCGAUGGCCGCGUCGUUUCGAACUUCAUCGUCCAGGCGCUUCGCGGCGAGGACAUGACCGUCUACGGCGACGGCAAGCAGACGCGCUCCUUCCAGUACAUUCACGACCUCAUCGACGGUCUCAUUGCCCUGAUGAACUCUGGCGAGACGCGCCCGGUCAACAUCGGCAAUGGCGACGAGUUCACCAUCGGUGAGUUCGCGGAGCUCGUCCGCGAGAUCGUCGAGAAGGUCCAGAGGGAGGACGGUGUCGAGCCAAAGCGCGUCAACAUUGUCUAUAAGCCGAUGCCUACCGACGACCCCCAGAAGCGCAGGCCCGACACCACGCGCGCGAAGGAGGUCCUCGAGUGGCAGCCCCGCUGGACUGUGCGUAUGGGUCUCGAGGAGAUGGUCCGUUACUACAAGGCGAAGAUGGAGGAGGGAAGCAUCUAGGAUGCGCAGAACUUUGUGCUGAGAACGGCCGAGGAGGGUAACUGCCGAACAGCCAUCCGACUUUCUUGCUACUCACGGUCCUCUGGAUUUGUCAUCUGUUAUACUACUAUUCCCGGUCAAAUUAGUGUUGCGCUGUGUAUUGAAACAGUUGAUAUAGGCUGAAAUAUAGAAGAGACUCUCCAAAAGACAUUUCCC